GUUAUCAAAUGGCGCCGUUGCCGGGGAGUGGCACGGUUGUAAGUUGGUUUUUAUUAUUGGCAUAGGCGAACCCGAGUUAGUGAGACUUUCUCCUUUAUUUUCUGUUUUUUUUUUUUUGUGUUGUUUUCUCAAGUUUGCAAGAUCAAUUUGUAAAAUCUCUCUCUUUCAAACAUGGCAAGUUGCUAUCAUUUGCUCUCUGCCUGAAAGAACAUUAUUGAGAGGGUUUGAUAAAAAAAAUCACCAGGAUGAGGGAGAGGCAAACAGUGCUUGAUGCUUUAACCUUGGACUUUUCUGAGGAUGAUAGCAUCAUUAUUCCGUCAAUCGAUGCCACUGAUUUUGAGAUUAAUCCUGAUAUCAUACACGUGAUAUCAAUUAAUCAAUUUGGCGGUUUGAAACAUGAAGAUCCGAUGGUGCAUAUGUUGUGGUUUAACAGAAUCUGUAACACAUUCCGGAUCAAUGAAGUGUCAAUUGACAUCGUGAAGCUUAUCUUAUUCCCAUUCUCUCUUCGGGAUAAGGCUAUUCAGUGGGUGAAUUCUUUUUCACCAGGUCACUUCACCACCUGGAAUGCUCUUCACCGGGCAUUCAUGCAUGAGUAUUUUCCUCCAUCGGCGGUUGCGCACAUCAGAACAUUAAUUCAAAAUUUUAAGCAAGCCCCGAUGGAAACAAUUAGUGAGGCUUGGGAUCGAUACAAGGUCUUACGGAGAAAGUGUCCUACACAGUUGAUGGAUGCUUAUGACUUGAUGUUCUAUUUCUACUAUGGACUUCAAGUUGUAAGUAAAAAAGAGUUGGACUGUUAUUCAAAGGUGGGUUCUUUUCUCAACAUGACACCAAAAGAGAGUGAAAAACUCGUGGAGAAUGUGGUAUCAAAUGCUAAGAACUGGUACUACGAGACAAAAUCUUCUUCCAAGACUACACUUCAAGGCACCGAUCAAAUUUCAGCCCUCACAACAAUAAUUGACAACCUGGCAACUCAAGUGAAGAAUCUCAACUCACGACCAAGUCGGGUCAACAAGCAGAAUCAUGUUGUGGCAGUUCAGGAAGGUUUGGAGACUAGCACGGAGGCACCCAUAAUUGAUGAAGAAUUCACAGAUGAGAGAUGGACCUCCACUAAAAAACAAAGCUCAGUGGAACUACAGAAUGAAACUGGAGAGAUCUUUGAGCCAAUUUCAGAGAAGGUGGAAGUGGGGGACAUUUUGUGCAAAAGUAAAGUUGAAAAGGGAGAUAUUCUGACAUUAUGUCUUGCUGAAUUUGAUGAAGCAUCUCACGGAGAGGAGGAAUCCGAAAUGAUCACAGUUGCAUCUUGUGAAAAAUUUAAAAAGAGAACUUAUGAGAAGAUGAAUGAAAUUGAGGAGCUCCUUGAUCUAUUGUUGGAGACUUUGGAUGUGGAAGUUGAUGAAGAAGAUGCACAUGUUGAGGAAGAAACAAGCAUGGAGGAGUCCAUUGACUUUCUUCUUGAUGUGCUUGAAACUAGUACAUGGCUCAAAACAGUCCAGAUUGAAGGGGAUCUGGAGAAUGAGGACGACUUUCCUUAUUUUAUUUUGCCACCUGAAAAUGAGAAAGAUGCACAGGCCUUUGUUCUUGCUUGUGAGUUUUUUAUGAAACAGAGGUGGUACACAAGAAGAGUCCUGAGGGUCAAGCUGUAUGAUCCGAGAGUUGGAAAGUCAAGGAAAAAGUGGAAAAAAAAAACGUCAAGCUAGUGACGUUAAAGAAGCGCUUUUGGGAGGCAACCCAAGUGUUAAAAAAGGAGGUUUAAAAAAAUCUGCAAAA